AUGAUGUUUGACUCGAAUGAGCAACCACUUGAGCAAGAUGUUAUGAGUGAAGUCGAACAGAAACAAAUACAGCAGAUCGAUUGCAAGAAGAAAUUACAAGAUGAAAAAGACAAAAUUGUUGAAAUUAAGAAUCAAAUUGACGAGAACAAACGUGCCGUCGAAGAUUAUCGAACACAAUUACAACACUUACAAAAUGAAUUCAAGGAAAAUAAUCGUGAAAUCGAACGAAUCGAACAAGAACUUCAAAAUUUACGUGAUGAACAACGAAAAAUCGAUGUUGAACAUCGUAGAAAUGAACAUUCACAUUUGAAGGAUGAAUUACAGAAAAUUAAAGGUGAACUUGAACAAUUUCAAGAAUAA